CACGGCUCGCCAUCUUUGUCAGGACGGACGGAAAGCGGGAAGAGAGGGGUGCUUGCGCGCAUGCGCCUGUGAGAGGGGGAACGGCCUCCCACAGUUGGGAGAAGGGAUGGAGGCGUGAGGGAGGCCUGCCUGCCUGCCUCCUCGGACCUUUUGCCUCGCCAUGUUCCGCGCCGGCAGCACCGGCCUCCCGGGCAUGUCGUCGUCCUCGUCGUUGUCCUCCGGCCGGGCCAAAGAGAGCGGCAGCAGCAGCAGCUCGGGCUCCCGCACCUCUCGCUCGGGGCCCUCCCGAGGCCGCAGCCCGCCGCGCCGCUCGCCUUCGCCGAGGAGCCGCAGCAGCCGGCGCCGCCACCGCUCCCGUUCCCCCUCCGCCGGCCGCGGCUCUCGACGCUCGCCUUCCCCGCGCCGCAGUAGCCGGAGAUACUCCCCAGGACGGCACUCUCGCUCCCCGGGACGACGCUCUCGCUCCCCAGGACGGUGCUCUCGCUCCCCGGGACGGCGCUCUCGCUCCCCUGGACGGCGCUCCCGUUCCCCGGGACGGCGCUCUCAUUCCCCGAGACGGCGCUCUCACUCCCCACGCCGCCGCUCCCGUUCCCCGGGACGGCGUACUCAUUCUCCAGGACAGCGCUCUCUAAGUCGACACUCUGAAUCUUCAGUGGAACAGAACUUACAAAUCACAGUUGGUAAUGACCGUUACGGCAUUGACACACCUGAAAGAAAGAGGCUAUGUGAUAGACUAGGCUCGCCAGUUGAUAGUUUGAGUGAUGUGGACAGGGAUGACUUGGCUGAUGGUCCAAUAUUUAGCAGGAGUCUUUCACGUUCUCAAAGCCUUGAGCGAUAUCCCUCUCAUGAAGAAAAUCUUUCUAGUCCUUUUCAUACGAGACAUGAUGAGGAUUAUCACAGUAGGGAUGUUUUUGUCCACCAAACGGGCUAUGGCAUAAACUAUGACCAUGUACAGGAUAAGCACAGAGAAACUGAUCGAGAUGGUGAAAUGCUUAGAAAGUCUUUAUAUUCAUCAGGAGAUAGAGGAAGAGAGACAAAGCACCACCGAUAUGAUAGAGAUGACAACCUGCCUGAUGCAAGUGUAAAGACUCAAGGUUUUGUACCAGGCAUGCGAAACUACCGUAAACGAAGUUUUAGUAGAAGCCCAAGUCCAUCAUAUAUAGACAAGUAUUUCCAUGAGCUUGAAAGUGUUAGGAGAAGAAAAGAAAAGGAGGAGCUGAGCACAAAUUUGAUUCGGGAACUGCCUGGCAAUGGGUACACGAUGCCUAGCUCAAGUAAUCCUGUGCAGUCUUCUGAACCCCGAUACCUUUAUAGACCUGAUGAUGCACCAACAAUGCCUAAAAAAUCUAUCUUAAAGAAACGUGUGGAAGAACCGUCUCUGCAGCCUGAAGUCUUUCCUAGCAGUUCUGUCAAAGAGCCUCCAUUUCUUUCAAAUCCUCCUUUACCGCAGCAUAGCAGCAUUCCUGCAUUUGCGCUGGAAGUGGAGAAUUUCCUCAAACAGUUCAACAAAAAUGCAGUUGCAGAGUCUGCUGCUAAUAAGACUUCUCAGGGAUCUUUGCAUGACUGGCAACCCCUCUCUAAGCAACAACAAAAUGCUUCUGCAUUCGAACAGAACUCGGGGAGUUUUUUAUCACAGAAAGACCAUCACGAGUCAGCUUUGGAGCCUGCUGACCCACAGUCUGACUUCUUACUCCCUCAUGAAAAAGCCAGCCAGGAUGGGAGUGGCUUCUCACGCAUUUUGAGCAUGAUGGCAGAUUCUACCAGUACUCAAGAAAAAAGAACGCGCAGCUUCCCUGAUGACAUUGAGAAUGAGGAGAAAUUUCUUUAUGGUGGUGAUGAUGAUGAUGAUGAGGAGGAGGACUCCUACAUUACUUCCGCCAGUACUCAAAAGCUAACAGCGAUUGAUGGUAAAGAGCCUGUACAGCCAAAAGUUCGUUUUCCACCUCCUCUUAGUCCAGCAGUGAAGCCAGACACUUCAGAAGAAUCUCGGCCAGAAUACGAGAAGAUUCAUGACUUGCUCAAAACUAUUGGUCUUGAGAUAGGAGUGGCUGAAAUUGGCAAGCUAGCCGCUCGCACUCAGGAACGACUCCAUGGGAAAAAGAUAUCUCCUGAUUGCUAUUCAGUAGCUUCUCAUAAACCAGAAUUUCGGGAAAGGCACCACAGUAGAAGCAAUACUCAUUCUCCAGAGCCAAGUCAAAAGUGUUCCCUUUCACCUUCUAGCUCUUUCCCACCAUCUAAAGAUUUGUCCUCUGUUUCAGUAUCUGAUCACACUAAAAUUAAAGGACAGGAUAAUCUUGCUGGUACAUUGGAGCAUUCAAUUCCCCCAGUACCAGUAAUUCCAUCAGCUCCACCAUCUCUUCCUAAUUUGUCUCCUUCUAACUCUGUUUCCCAGUAUAAUGUUUCGCGCUUUCCACCAUUCACUCCAACUCAGUUAUCUCAAAACUAUCCGUCUCCUACAAUGCCACCUCCUGGCUAUGAUGCAUAUGGGCACUAUAUGGCUUAUGCAGCUUCUGGCUGGUCCAUGUAUCCUCAGCAGGCUCAGGCUGAACCCGCACAUUCUGACGUACAUGGGCUUGUUACACUGACAGCACCACCAAAUUCUUCACGACCCAACCUUAGGGUUAUUGAGACAGUUUCCACGACCAAAGGGACUCCUGAUAUGAGGAGAGAUGAGUCUGUGCUUGUGCAAAUCCCUACUGCCACUUCUUACUCCAAAAUGCUGCCUCAGUCCUCUCAGCCUUCUUUCAAAACUGUCAAGGAAAGAAUAUCUGAUGAAAGAAAUCGGGCUUCUCAGAAGCAAAAAGUAAUAGAGGAAAGGGAGAAGUUGAAGGCAGAACAAGAGGCACGACAAAAGAAGCUGCAUUAUCUUAGGACUGAGUUAAAUAGACUCUCAAAGCAGCAAGGAGAAAUGCUGCGGAAGAAACGCAGGGAAAAAGAUGGACACAAAGACCCUUUGCUAGUGGAAGUAAACAGACUACAAGAAAACAUCAUGAAGGAGAUUGAUCAACUGAAGAUGAACGCUGAUGCUGCAGAGAAAAAACAAUCUGAACUCGACAAGGUAGCUCAGAUCCUGGGGAUUAAUAUCUCAGAGAAAUCCCGAAAGUUAUCUUCAGAAAAUAAAGACCCUUCAGAAAAAAACAAGUCAGAAAAUGCAAAAAAUCAGGAGAGAACUUCUGGCUCAGUCAAGGAAUCAAAAACAUCCAAUGAGAAGCCCCAGUCUAAAAGCCCCAAAUCUACAGAAUCCUCUUCACAGCCAUCAAAGCAGCAUCUCCAGGCAAACAGUAUUUAUGACUAUUAUGAUACAGGGAAUCAUUGGUGCAAGGAUUGCAAUACCAUCUGUGGGACCAUGUUUGAUUUCUUCACACAUAUGCAUAAUAAGAAGCACAGGCAGACCCUGGACCCAUACAACAGACCAUGGGCUUCAAAGAUUGAAAAUGAAUCAAAGCAGGAUGUUACAAAGCGCAUCGACAAAAUACCUGUUCCUGCUAAAGGUUCUGAAUUUCUAAUCCCAAUCACUGGAUAUUACUGCCAGCUCUGCCAUGAAUUUUUUGGAGACCAGAUAUCUGCAGAACAACAUGUGAAAAGUCACCCACAUAAUGAAAAAUAUAUGAAACAUAUUGAAGAGAAUCCACUCUAUGAAGAAAGAAGGAACCUGGAUCGUCAAGCAGGAUUGUCUGUGAUUCAAGAAACAGAACGCAGACUGAAACGGAAACAGAGUGAAAAACAAAAGGAAGAAAAUUAUGAAAAAACAGCAAAAACACCAAGGAAAGAGGAACCAAAGAGUGUCAAUGAUCUAGGAGAUGGAGACAAUGAAUGUGAUGCUAAUAAAAAGAGAGAAGUUCCUAGUGGCCAAAAAAGUGGAGCUAAGCUUAGAUUAAAGAAGGAUGACAAAGAAAUUGAGAAGAAGGAAAGAAAAAAAGAGGACUCUCCACAGGAAUCAAAGGUAUCGUCUUUUGGAAAGUUCAGCUGGAGAAAGACUGAAAAAGAGGAAAAAAAUCAAGUUAAAGAUGUGGAUCUUUUAAAGGAAGAAAGUACAGAGGAAAGCAAAGAUAAAGACAGUAAGUCCCAGUCUGGAAAAUCAAAUUCAAAGCCCAUUGCAAUUAGGUUGUCUGGGAAAACCAUUAUCCCACACACUAGUUCCUGGACACCAGUUGUUUCAACUUCAUCCCAAGCAAAAAUCAAACCCAAUUUGCCAGUCCCCUCAAUGGUUCUUAGGAAGUCUGCAACUACAACAGUAAAUAAGCCAGCUCCUUUAAACACUUUUCUGUCUAUAAAAUCUUCUGGUACCAGCAACAAGCCACUUCCUUUGGUUAAAGAAGAGAACCAAGAAAUGGUUCUAGCUCCAGAUAUCAUUUCAAAAGCAUUUGGGGGAGAAUCAGUUGUCUUAAAAGGUUCACAAGAAAAUGCAAAGACAGCAGAACAAGUAGAGGACAAAGAGCUUGAAAGUGUGAAAAAGGCCAUAGAACAUGCAAAGAGUUUGGAAGAGACAAAGAUGAGGGCAAUAAGAGCACAACUGGAGGAGGCAGCUGCUUUGGCUCAAGCAAAGGCCAAGGAAUUUGCAAAACAAAAAAGAAUGGCAAAGAAAAAUGAGUCUUUAAUUUUUGAAAGAGCACAACAGCAUCGUCCUUUUCUAUCAUUCCCAGCAGGACCACUACGGCCACUAAGUCAACAAAUACAAUCUCCACUAUUAUAUCUCCUUCCAUCCUUCCAACCACCAAAGCAGGCGGUUAUCUUGGCAGAUGAUUUGGCUCCUGGUGUUUCUGAAGAUGAUAAAAAUAUACUGGCAAUGCCCAUGUGUGCUCGCCCUUUACCACCUCCAAAUAUUUUUAGGAACCAUGUCCAAAAAUUAGAAAAAAAGAAUACUUCCUUGGCAGCAGGCAAUGCUCAAGACUUAUAUGACGUCUUCUACAACAGCACUGUGAGGAGUCCAGCUGAUAGCAAGCUUAUUAAUUCAUCAAAUGCAGAUAAAGGGAAAUUUAAUUCUGCUGAGAAAGAGAAAAGAAUUGACCUGCUGGCAGAUUCCAAAGCAGGAGACAACUCUUCAGGGCAACAGUCUUCCCAUAAUGUUUGCAGCUCUUCAAGCGAUCCCAAAAACCCCUUAGAUGGAGGGGCAUUACAAAAAGAGAAACUAAAAACUGAGGAAGUGUUGACAGUCUGUGAAGAAAGUCCUAGCAUUGAUCAGAAAUCAGACAAUACCCCCUUUUCAGACACACAGUCUAUAUUAGGGAAUAAGGAAGCUUCAGAAUAUAAUGUUAUCCCAGCAAGUGACUCUCUUUCCUUUCAGAAGGACAUAGUGAUGGGAGCUUGUACUCUAACUGACUCUAGCAAGAAGUCACCCCAGCCUGAAAAAGCAAAAUUUGUUGCACAGGUGUCAGAAAACAAUACUCCUGUUUUGGCAAGUGAUAGCAAAAAGCCACCAGAGCUUGCAAAAACAGUGCCUGAAUCUUCUGAUGGUAACACAUUGACUAUGCAGUUGUCAGAAGGCACAAUUGGACCUGUAGAAGGCAUUAACAUGAAGCCAUUAAAACGUGAGACAUUGGAAGUAGCCAUGGAAUCUACAGAAAGCAGUGUUUCGCCUUUGAUUGAUAAUAAAAUGUCAUCAGAGCUCAAGGUAGCUGAAUGUCAAUAUCCUGAUGAUAAGUUAACCAUACAGUUGCUAGAAAAUGUUGCUACACCUGUGGAAAAUGCUAACAUGAAGUCAUUGGGAUGUGAGACAUCAGAAAUAGAAACAUCAUUUUCAGAAAGCAAGACUUCUGUUUUGGAAGUUAAUUUGAGCAAACCAUUAGACAUUGAGAAACCAGAAUUUGAAUAUAAAGAUAGCAAGUUUGCCAUACAGUUAUCAGAAAACAUUGCACCUGUAGAAGAUGUUAGCAUGAGGUCAUUAAAAUGUGAGACAUCAGAAAUAGUUAAGCAAUUUUCAGAAAGCAAUGCUUCUUUGGAAUGUGAUAACAAGAAGCCACCAGAGCUUGAGACAGCAGAGUUUAAGUGUCCUGAUGAUAAAGAGUUAGGAAUACAAUUGUUAGAAAACACUGUUGCUGUGGCAGAAGACUUGAGCAAGAAGCAAUCAGAGCUUGAAGUAGCAGAAUUGGCAGUGCCAUUGCCAGAUAGUGAUGCUACUACUUUGGAAGAACUUCCCAAGAAUCCUCUGGUACCUGAGUCUGUAGAGUUUAAAUUUGCAGAUAAUUUUGCUAUGCCACUGUCAGAACGCAGGCUUGCUCCUUUAGAAGAUGCUGUCAUGAAAACAACAGAAUUUGAGAUGGAGGAAUUUAGUUCGUCUAAUGAUAAAGAGUCAACAGUACAAUUGCCAGAAAAAUACACUGAUUUUAAUAAGAAACCUAUAAUGAGAUAUGCUGAUGUAACACAUGGUAAAGACACUGAUGGGAAGCUGCAAGACCAGCAGAAUAUGGGAAGUAGUGAUAAGACCAAGUUAGAAAAUAAUGACAGUGAUUUGACAAGUUCAGAUGAGAGAAAUUCAGAAAUACGAGGUCCAGAAUCAGCAGAAUAUUCCUUUGUACCAAAUCAGGGAGACAGUCCAAAGGUAUUUGAACUGCAAACUGAGGCUAACAAAGAAGGAUCUGUUAGAGUAGAAGACAAGCAAAAUGCUGGAUCCUCUGAAAUGAUGGCUUCCACUUCAGUUUCAGAUGUUCAAAAUGAACUGGCCAGGAAUUCAUGUUUGAAAGAGAAUGAGAAAGACCUUCAAAGCGUAGUAACAGAUCACACUUUUUCUAAAGAACCAUUACUUAAUCUAAAAGUAGAUACUGUGAGAUUUGAUAAACUUGAAUCAGCAACAGCCAGUGAUGAAAUUCCUCAGACUUCUGAGAUUGAAAGCUUAGAUACAGAAUGUAAUCUUUUAAAUAAAGGCGACCCAGAUUCUUUCUAUUCUAACAGUGAACAAGAAUUGUUGGUUAGUUCUCAACCAAAGGAUGGUAAGAGGUUUGAUGUUGAUGGUCCAGAAUUAGGAAAGAUACCAAAUGAAUGCCUUACUAAUGUAUCAUUGAUAAGUAAUGCACUCGAGAAACAUGAAGAAAUAAAUCAACAGCCAUUCAGUGGUGAAGGCAAGUGUCUUCAAAGUGAGGAGGUUUUGAGGAGCAUUUCUUCAACGAAUGAUGUUGUACCUAGUUCCAGUGUAAGAUUAAUGUUUAUUAAAAAUGACACGUAUGAAACUUUAAGCUCUGACAUGGAAUUAAAUGACAAUGGAGAGACUAGUGUAGCAGAAACAGAAAAUGUGAGUUCUCCCAAUGUUCAUUCAGUCCAAGAAUCAUUAGAUGCUCUUUCAACAGAAAUUAGUGUUGCGCCUCUUGGAGAUGAAACCCUUACCUUCACCGAGAUUAACACUGGAGUCUUAAAUACACCAGCAGUUGGUGACUUUGACUUGAAUUCCACUUACUCAGCAGUUGGCUUUCAUCAGUCUACAGCCCUUACUCUGAAUUUAAAUAUAGACAAUGAGAAAGACUCUCCAAAAUCUGAUGAAAUAAAGCCAUCUGACACUCACAGAAUGAAAGCUGGUAUGGAAUUAGACUCCAUCAAUUUCAGUCUGGGGGAUAUUGAAAUGGAACAUGAACCCUUAGGUAUUCUACCAUCUGAAAUUCUAAAUGAGGAUAUUAUAGAGAGCCCAAAGUUAGAAACGGUUCCUCCCAUUUCUUUGGAAUCUAGCAAAACUACUGAGUUGGACAUUGACCGAUCAGUAGUUAAAUCAGAAAUAAGUGAUUUUAUUGCAUUAACCUCUGAAGAGGAAGAGGGUAAGUUUUGUCCUUUGCUUUCUGGUGUAACAGCCCCACAUGUGGUGUUUUCUUCAUCAGCAAAUGAUGCGAAUGCUAAACCAAAUACAUCACUUGUUGAAAUGCAAGGCAGGUCUCCAAUUUCCGAAGUUCUACAAGAAAAUAUUGGCAAAUAUUGCACUGAUGAUAUGCUGCCAUUGAGUUGUGGUGAAAAAGAUAUGCAAAACCAAGUGUCCAUGUACAUGGAUACUCUUCCAGAUUUUAAAAAAACGCCUGUAGAAGUGGGGGACUUGUGUGAUAGUGAAUCGUACAAUGCCAAGAACGAGAUACAGAUAUCUGGAGUUGAACUAAUCAAAACAGAGGAAGAAAAUAAUGACAUUUCAUGUGAAGCUGCUAGACAGUUGACUCCAGAAGAUACUGAAGGUUCAACAGAGCACGUGGUAAGUUCAGACAAAAUUGACUCAAAGGCCUGAAUUAAUUUUGAGAGUUUGAGAAUACUUGUGUUUAAAUUUAACUUGUUCAAUAUCUUGUAGAUUACAGUAGACAUUUGUUAUUUUUCUCCCAAUGGUAGAUUCUGUUGUACAUACAUUGAGUAAAAUGUUUUUUUUUCCGUAAAUCUCUGACUAUUAAUUUUUUGUUUCCUGACAUAAAAAUGGAAUGACCCACAUAUAAUGUGUAAUGUAUUGGGUUAUGGUUGGGUUUUUGGUUGGUUGGUUUGUUAUUGUUAAAUGAUGUUUUCUUUUUUGCAUUUUUGUUUGACAUUUAAUGGUUUCUGAUUUAUGCAGCUUUUGUAAGUAACAUUCCAAGUGCAGCACUGACAAGCGCAUGGACACAUGUUCAGACCUUGAGGAGAAUGAAGGCUCAUUGGUGAAGGAUUUAAGCAGUUUUCUUUGAAAUGUUAUGCCUAUUUUGUAUUGAAAAAUGUAACAUGCAUGAAAAGUCCUUGCAUUUUUCAUGAUGCAGAAGACUGUUGUACAUUUUUAUUUGUCAUUAUGUGUUGAAUUGAAUCUGUAACCAAGACUGUUGUAAUGGCAUAUUGUAAAAAACUUUGUAUGGAAAACAUCUCACUGAGCAAAGAAGAAAAACCUCCUAACUCUUUGGAGAAGAUAACUGCUUGGUAAGAUUGUGGCUCCACAUCUGGACUCUGUAUAUUAAGGUCACAUGAUUUGAAAUCACAUUUCUUUGCACUGUUUUGUGAUACAGUAACUGUUUGUGUUAAAUUGUUUAGCAGCUGCCCACCUCUGAAGGAACAGAAGAUGGGAUUCACUUCAUGUAACCAGACAUUACAAACCUGAAUGAUUCCUCUGAGCCACAAAAUACUGUUGUGUGAAGGUUUUCACUUAUACAGCCGGUCAAGAUAAGCAUUACAUAUUGCACGGAUUUAUCCAAAGGUUUUUAUCUGUAAAUCUAAAAUAAAUAACCAUUAUGACAUGAA